GUCAGAUAUAGUGUCUCAGCUAGAAAUGAGUUUUGAGAAAAAUGGCCAAAAUGUACAAAAUGCCCCAGAUCACCAUGAAGGCUUCUGUUGUCACUCAGCAUUCUGCACAAUGAUCAAUAGGGGGCAGUAAAUCCCUCGGCAUGCAUUACUGAUGGCAAGCUGGAAGCUGAAGGCAACUUUGGAGGAGCUCUGAGCUUAUCUUUCUAGUGUGUGAGACAUCACUGUCUCAGUCACCGUCAGCCGCCAGCCUCUGAGCACCUUUCUCUGUCCCGCUGUCUGCCUGACACACACACACACACACACACCAGUGCACUGCUGUGACCAUGGCCUUGUGGGUCACCAUGCUGCUGACGCUGCUUUCAGUCUGCCAGAUAGCCCCUGGCGAGGAGGCUGUGGAGGAGAAAAAGAUGGGGGGCUGGAAUCCUCUCGACCCAGAGAGUCAGCAGGUCCAAGAAGUGGCAAAGGAAGCUGUGGACCGAUUCAGCAUGAAAGCCAACAGCCCCAACUACUUCAGACUGGUCCAUGUCACCUCAGCGUCGGCCCAGGUGACAAAUGCAAUACAUUACAAGAUAAUAGCGACGAUUGGGGAAACCAAAUGUUCCAAAUCUGAACACGUGGACCUGAAGAAGUGUGAGAUGGGGAAAGAGAGAAAGCAGUGUGACUUUGAAGUGACCUACAGCCUCAAUUCUGUUAAACCCCAAGUGAAGAGCAGGUGCAGAUAGAACUGUUCAGAGUCUUGAGCUGCUGCACAAAACAUCUUUAGGAAGAAACUCUUCAGCAGUGCACUUAUGAGACUGGAGCCCCAAAGCAUUACAGUUUUACCACUAAGAGCAUUUUGGUAUUUUGUCAAAUGGAUGUGAAUUGUUGGAUGCACUGUUUGAAUAUGUUUCUUUCUGCUACAGCAGCAUAUCAGUGGUUUGGUUGUUUAUUCAAUGUUUUGGUUGUUUGUUUUGACUUCGACACAGGUUUAAAUACAUUGUUUAUAGACUUGUUUGCU